AUGGCUGAAUCUGGUUCAGAGACGUUCACUCUCAACAUCAAGGCGCCCGCCGACCAACGGUUCAGCGUCACCGUCCCCGCUUCAUCCACCGUCGAGCAGCUGAAGGAGGAGAUUGCUAAGGCGAAGGAGGACUUCCCCGUCGACCAGCAACGCCUCAUCUUCUCGGGACGAGUGCUGAAGAAUGAGGAUCCGAUCUACAAAUACGGGAUCAAGGCCGGUGUUGCGAUCCACCUCGUCAAGGGAGCACGACCGGCUGGAGCCGCAUCGACCUCGUCGACACCCGCGGCCCGCAACUCGUCCGAAGCGGCUGGCGUUCCUUCCAAUUUUGCGGCAGGUCAGCAGGUCAUGGGCAACCCGCUCGCACCGCUGAUGAACGCGCAGUAUGCUGGUGCUCUCGGAGGCUUCAACCCGUUCGCGCAGAUGGGCGUCAACACGAACGACCCGAACUACAUGCAGAACAUGAUGAACAACCCGGAGGUUCAGGCGCAGAUGAACCGGCUUCUCCAGGACCCCGCCAUUCUCGACCAGAUUAUCGCCUCGAGCCCUCAGCUGCAGCAAAUGGGCCCGUACGCUCGCCAGAUCAUGCAGUCUGAGCACUUCCGCAACAUGAUCACGAACCCUCAGGCGAUGCAGCAAGCGAUGCAGAUGAUGGGCGGAAUGGGCGGGAUGGGCGGGAUGGGCGGGGGCGCUGGAGCAGCUCCGUUCCCUCCUCCCGGCGCGUUUGGCGCAGCGCAGGGCCAGCAGGGUGCAGCAACCGACUCAGCUACAGGAGCUGGUGCGGGCGCAGGAUCGGCAGGCUCGCCUCCUCCCGCUUUCAACCCUUUCGCGAUGUUUGGCGGAGGAGCAGGCGCCGCUGCAGGAGCAGGAGGAGCAGGCGGUCAGCAGCCGGAUAUGGCAGCAGCGCUCGCGCAGAUGCAGCAGCUUCAGUCGCUCUUCGGCGGAUUUGGCGGAGCUGGUGCGGGAGGCGCAGGAGCUGGUGGACCGCAGCAGUCGCCUGAGGAGCGGUAUGCGACGGAGCUGGAGCAGCUACGCGGGAUGGGCUUUACGAACGCAACUCGGAACGUUCGCGCGCUCCUCGCUUCCGGAGGAUUCGUCGACUCAGCCGUCGCCUGGCUCCUCGAGAACCCCGAGUAA